CAUUCCAUAAGAUUUAAGUGGUUACAACUAGACGAAUCAAAAUCUUUCAUUUUAAUCAUGCUGGGGAUGCAGAAAUUCGCAGAGAUUAGCAGAGAUUGCAGAGAUUAGAAAAACCUAAACAAUACCAAACCAAAAGAUAGAAUUGCUUAAAGUGUCUGAAUGCCAUGCGGAAGUAAAAAAGAAAGCACAACAACAAGGGAAAAGAAGUUGCGAACAAAACAGAUUAGAACUAACAUGGCAAAACAGCUAAGUGUUCGAAAUUGUGAAAAAAAUAAGAAACACGUCGAAAAAAAGGAAACUGAUGUGGUGCAAAUGCUUUUAUAUUUUUUAUCAUGAAACUAACUCGUUAUCCAACUACUGUAAAUCCCAUUUCUACCCUGGCUUAGAAAACAAUUCACAGUUGAGCCUAAAAAUAAUUUGAAACGAGACAUUAAGAAGUGCCUAUGUUUUUACCCCUUUUUGGAAGAAUUUAUCGCCGUCACGUAGUUCUGUUACAAAAUAUCAGCGAAAGUGGACCACCUUUCUUUGCCUAAUUUGAAGACUCUCACUACCUUUUGGUCACCCCUUUGGCGGUUUUCACGACUUUGUUCCGAGGUCUGCUGAUUCAUGCUCUAGAUAGUCAAACACCGGAUGAAACUCUUUUCCCUGCAUAACUUGUCUUUUGUAAUGGGGUAUUACCCUUCGUUCUUGUUAAUGCCCCUUAGUUUGGGACGCCAGAAAAACCUGACGUAUCUAGCAAGCCCACACAUGCUUCCGGCAAACGGCGAGGUCAGGUGCGCUUCACCUUCAUAACAUCUUCUUUCUUGAUGUUUUCAAAUCAUUGACCAGUUACUUUCCGACUGGUUAACUGGAAAGAAGUAAAGAAGAGAGCAGCAAUGGCCUAUAUCACAUAUCUGUGGACACUUUGUGUUGUAAGCAUGGUUACUGCUCAACUGAGCCAUAAUCAACCCGAAGAAAAUUACUACUCACACAACCAAGUGUCACCAGCUUCCGAUCCAAGUAAUCCUUGGGCUAAUUAUCAAAACCAUAUCCAACCUCCUCAUUAUCAUACAUAUUCUAACGUGGAUCGUCAGGGCAUCUUGAACAACCCAGAGGGCGUGGCCAUUGCUGUCGUGGCGGCAGGUGGAGCCGUGGGAUUGGGCGGUCUUGGCUUGGCUGUGGCAGAUACAAGACAAACCACGAAUCGACUUACUCAACGACAAGAUCAGAUUUGCUCGAAUACCCGGGAAAUUGCCACUCAGCUGAAUGCUGUGGUGCAAGCCCUCGUUUCGACCAUUAGCAUUUCUGCCGAUGUUAGCUCCUGUAGCCGCGCCUAGAGAUGGAGGGAGAAUUCCCCAAUGUGGAGCAAACUUUCAAUUUAAUCCGAUCUUCGAUCCCCACAGUCAAUUGCUAAGUGUGUCCAAUAUUUGUGUUAUGUUUGAUCUAAACGUCAACUGACAUACGCGUUCACGUCUCAUGUUGAGAUUGCUCAAUUUAAAGCUAGAGAAAUUUCCAAUUGAUCUUCCACACCGAUGAAGGCCGAUCAGAAAUGAACUCCAAUCGUUGCAAAUUUAAUGUACUCCUUCAAGGAGAGUUGUUACUUUGCUGUAUUACUCCAUAACAGUCUGAGACUGACUGGACUUUAUGGCGUGACUCAGUAGAUUAAAGCAGUAGUGAAAAUAUGUAUCCAUUUUCUCGAAGGUAUUCACAUCCCAUAACAUGAAACUUUUCUUAGUCUUUUGUUGUCGAGUGAAAUGCCCAUGACCCAUGCUCUAUUAUAUACAGCGUGUAAUAAAUAAUGCAUGUUAUUAUAGUUUGCUUUUGUUUU